CAGCCUCUCCCCAAAGGAGAGUCCAGGAUACUUUCCCAGAAGGAAUUUUUCUGGCCAAACAUCCUGCCGCACCCCCUCUCAGCUCAUGGGUAUAUAGGGUUCUGCAGCUCCCACAGGAGACGACGGGGGAGACCUGACCAAGCUUUGUUCCUCGGAAGCUGUUCCAUCCCUAACUAGACCAUCGAGUGGUUGGCCAUCAUGCGGAAAAGGCUCCUCUCUUUCCUCCUCCUUGCUGGCCUCUGGGGGUCUCUUGCCCAGGAAGAUCUCGAACGGAAGGCAUUUGUUUUCCCGGAGGCAUCAAAAACGGCAUACGUGGUCUUGGAGACCACAUUGAAGCAACCUUUGACCGGCUUCACGCUGUGCAUGAGAUUCUACACAGAACUGACCCGCGGCUACAGCCUUUUCUCUUAUGCCAGCAGGAGAAGCGCCAACGAGAUCCUCCUCUUUGCGGAGAAACCCAAUCAAUACAGUUUUACUUUGGGGGACAGAGCUGUGAUCUUCAACGUUCCAGAAAAAAUGAACACUAACCCUUUUGGGAGGCAGAUCUGUGCGAGCUGGGAGUCGGCCACGGGUUUGGUGGAGCUCUGGGUAAACGGGCAGCCUAUGGUCCGUAAGAGCUUGAAGAAAGGCCAUUCGGUCAGCACCGAGGCAUCCAUUAUCCUAGGCCAAGAGCAAGAUUCCUUUGGAGGCCGCUUUGAAAUCACCCAGUCCUUUGUAGGGGAGAUCUUGGACUUGUACAUGUGGGAUCGUGUUCUGUCCCCUGAUGAAGUGGGCUGGGCCUGGUUUAACGGCGACGUCCCUGGCAACGUGAUUAACUGGAAAUCAUUAAGCUAUAAGAGCCAUGGUGAAGUCUUUGUGAAACCUGCUCUGUCUUCUUUCUACAGAGCUGUGGGAGGGUAGGCUUGGCAAAAAAGUCAUAUUCCUUUUAAAACAAGUGGAAUGAUUUCCUUAAUGUUUCUUCAUGGUGGUUCAGCAGAUAUUGCUUGCUCUGUUGAUUUAAAUGCUUCUUGCUUGAUGGAAAGCUUCCAUAAAAAAUGGUUAAUUCUGCAUUCUUCAAUAAAGAUUUCACUUUCUUAA